CGAGAGGCCAUCCGAACGACGAUGUUUUCACGGGAAUUCCGCUCAUAUAGGGACACAACUACCUAAAAGUGCGUCAGUUUGCAUCUAAUGCUAGCUAGCUACUUCUAAAGUCGACUAUUAGUUUGUGAUUAGUGCACACUGACAAUGCCGUUCAGCGCCGAGGCCAUUAAGCCGCCCCUUCAUGACCAAAUAACAGAACUGCAGAGGAAAAUUCAACUUCUUGAGGGCGACAGAAGUGCAUACUAUGAAAUGUCUCAGUCAAGCAUCAAGAAAAACAGGAAUUCUAUCCUUCAGCUGAGGCAGGAGAACAAGAGACUACACAAGAAGUUGGCUAGCGCUCUUGCUGGGGACGAGCAGGUGAUAAAGGAGGCCUUCCAAAGCCGAGGCAUGGAGAAAGCUGCCUUCAGAAACAUGUCAGGGAAGGCUGCUCUCAAGGCGCUGGACCAGAAGGUGUGUGACAAGAUGAAGAAGCUGAACGCUCUAAAGCACACCACCCAGACGUACCGUCGUCGCCUGGAGGACCUACAGACACUGUACCAGAGUAUGAAGCUAGAGAACAGGGGACCAGAGAGAGACACGGAGAGACACAGCGAGGAGGCCAAGAGUGAAGGAGAGGCGGCUGAGGAGCAUCCCCAAAAGAACUUGCGGGUGCUGGAGAAUCGUCUGGAGAAAGCCCAGCUGAAGUGCCAGGAGGCUGAACACAUCAUGAGAGGCUAUCUGAAACUAAAGGCCCACCUACAGGAGGAGAGCCUGACCUUCCAGACCCAGCUGGAUAAACUAGAGGCUGAGAUCCUGCGACAGAGACAGGAGCUGAAGGACCUGCAGGUCCUGAACAGUGACGCACUCCUCUCCAAAGACACUGCCAAGGCAGAGCUGCAGCGUCAAGAAGAACAGAUGUAUAGGGAGAGGAAGGACAGAGAGUGUAUCCUCACCCGUUACAAGAAAGAGGCAGAGGACCGUAAGGCUCAGGCUGAGAGAGUGGAGAGAAGGGCCCAGCGGGCAGCCAUGCAGCCUGACGAGCUGAGUAGCGACGCCCAGCGCAGUGCCACCGGGCUGGGGGAGGAGGAGAGGGCCAUCUCCACCUUCGAAGAGGCCUUCAGACGCAUCAAGGAGGCCACGGGGGUCACUGACACACGGGAGGUGGUGGAGAGGUUCAUCUCCCAGGGAGACACCCAGCAGCACCUGGAGGAUCUGAAGAAGGAGAACCAGAGAACCCUGGUACAGCUGAAGGAGGACAGGGACCGUCUGCAGGAACACUUCCAGGACAUCAAGUACUCCGGGGAGACCAAGCUCUCCAGUGGUCAGCAGAUGCUGGAGGACUGUAAGCGCCACCUGCAGGCGGAGCAGGGGAGCCGCGACGCCGCCAAGGAGCGUCUGGACUGGCUGACCCGUACCCUGAACACGGUCCGGGCCGGAGUGGAACACCUAUCUGACAAACUGCAGCACAUCAAGCUGGGUGAGCGACCGGAGCCCCAGCUGCCCCCCGGCUCAGAGGAGUACGUGGUGGAACUGCUGUCCCAGUCAGAGCAGAAGCUGCUGUUAUUGCAGGAGGAGCUCCAGGGGAAGGACCUGGCCGCCGUCAUGAAGGAGAUGGAGGAAGAGGAGUUCCAUGCCAGCAUCGAGGGGAAGCUGCCCCAUUGCAACACCCGCAUCAAGCUGCCUGAGGCUCAGAGACAGGACCCAUAUGAUGAAGAGGAGGAGAGCGGGGACGAUGAGGGUGACAUUAUCACCAGGGCAAUACUGAAGCACCAGUCUCAGCUCAUCAUCGACUCCAAGACUAAGAGGAAGACCAGGACCAAGAAGAAAAAGGGCAAGCUCUGAUCCUAGAUCAGUUAGGCUGGCUAGAGGUCACAAGAGCCAUAGAAAUAUAAUUGCUAGAAUGGGGAGUUUGUGUUUAGUGUGAGGUCAUAGGUCAUAUUUGUGCCCUGGAUUGAGUGAAAAUACUUUUGCUUAGAUGGCAUAGGGGACUUGAGUGAAAUCUUACUCCUCACAUAUAAUUAUUCAGUUAGCUAAAUAAUUAUAUUCCUUAUUAACUAAUGGAAUGCACAGUAAAUGUAUAUUGGGAUGAUACUGUAGCUAGGGGAACGUUGUGGUGGCAGAUCAUAUAGUACCUUGAUUUUAUCACAAAGCAGUUCAACAGAAAAUAAUUUCCCACUUGCACCACUGAUUUGUAGAUUAUAACAUUGUAAUCAAAAUAGGAAUGAAAAUCAAUAAAAAGCUUGAUUUGAAGAUUUACUCAGUUACUCAAGGUAAGAUUGCUCUAAUGCAGGGGUGUCAAACACACAGCCCAUGGUAUGUUUUUUGUUGUUGUAUAAUAUAUAUAUUUUUUAAUCUGCAUUGAAAUGGCUUAAAUAUUGAAACUGUGUAGGAAUCAGGGCUUGACAUUAACCUUUUUAGCUUUUGGACAAGUAGGACAGAUUUUUUACUUGUUUACCAAAGUCACUUGUCCCCCCCAAAAAAGGUCUGUAUCACAAGCCAAAAGGGUGAGUGAAAAUGAGUGAAGUACACAUAUCCGUGGGAAUUAGGGGUGUUAAGGGUACAGCAUCACCCCCUAAUAAAUCACUUUAUUAAUAAAUUAGUGAUUAAAUUAGUGUACUAGGCCUUUAUUACUCCUCUUUGAUUACUGCUGUAUGAUUACUCCUGUAUGAUUACUCCUGUAUGAUUACUGCUGUAUGAUUACUGAUGUAUGAUUACUGCUGUAUGAUUACUCCUGUAUGAUUACUCCUGUAUGAUUACUCUUUGAUUACUCCUGUAUGAUUACUGCUGUAUGAUUACUGCUGUAUGAUUACUCCUGUAUGAUUACUGCUGUAUGAUUACUGUUGUAUGAUUACUCUUUGAUUACUCCUGUAUGAUUACUGCUGUAUGAUUACUGCUGUAUGAUUACUCCUGUAUGAUUACUGCUGUAUGAUUACUGCUGUAUGAUUACUGCUGUAUGAUUACUCCUGUAUGAUUACUUCUGUAUGAUUACUUCUGUAUGAUUACUGCUGUAUGAUUACUGCUGUAUGAUUACUCUUUGAU